GCAGGUGCUCCUCCGCCCCUCGCCCGCUCAGCCGUGACCCCGCAGACGCCGCCGCCGCCAUGAGUGCCACCCAGACCUCGCAGGGCAGCUGGAGGAUCCCCGACCUGCUGGCCAUGAAGCGGGACGGCUUGGCCUUCUCGGAGGAGCAGGUCGCCUUCUUGGUCAAGGCGGUUUCGGAUCGGUCCAUGGACGACUGCCAGCUGGGAGCGCUCCUCAUGGCCAUCAACCUGCAGGACAUGACGGACCCCGAGACGAUCGCCCUCACCAAGGGCAUGAGGGACUCCGGAAGCGUGUUCUCGUGGCCGAAGGACUGGCGCGUGGUGGACAAGCACAGCACGGGCGGUGUGGGCGACAAGGUGUCCCUGGCGCUCGCUCCCGCCCUCGCCGCCUGCGGCUUCAAGGUGCCCAUGAUCAGCGGGCGCGGCCUCGAGCACACGGGGGGCACGCUGGACAAGCUGGAGAGCAUCCCAGGCUUCAAGGUGUCCCUGACGGGCGAGAUGAAGAAGGCGCUGGAGGAGGUCGGCUGCUGCAUCGUGGGCCAGACCGCUGACAUCGUCCCUGCUGACAGGCGCAUGUACGCCGCGAGGGACGUCACCUCCACCGUCAAGUCUGUGCCGCUCAUUGUCUCAUCCAUCGUCAGCAAGAAGGCUGCGGAGACGGUGAGCGGACUGGUGCUCGACGUCAAGUUCGGCGGAGGAGCCUUCAUGAAGACCCAGGAGGAGGCAGGAGCGCUGGCCAAGAAGAUGGUGGAUGUGGCCAACGGCGUGGGCAUGGCCACGACGGCCCUCCUCACCACCAUGGACGUCCCGCUCGGCAGGGCCAUCGGCAACGCCCUCGAGGUGCGCGAGGCGAUCGAGUGCCUUCGGGGCAACGGACAGGACCUCGAGGAGCUCGUCACUCACCUGGGUGGAGAGUUACUGCUGGGUGCGAAAGCGGCCUCUACGCUUGAGGAAGCUCGCCAGAAGUUGGCCAAGACCCUGAGGGACGGCAGUGCCAGAACGGCAUUCUGCAACAUGAUACAGAAACAGGGUGUCACCAAAGGUGUAGCAGAGGCACUGUGUGGCAGUGCUCCCGACUACUCCCAUUUACCUUCCUCGGCUCAUGUCACUGCCGUCAAAGCUGCUUCCUCAGGAGUGCUAGUUGGUAUGGAUGCCAUGGCUAUGGCGAAGAUCAGUUUAGCACUCGGGGCUGGCAGGAAUAAGGUCGGCGACCCGAUCAACUACAGCGUGGGCAUAAUGCUCGUCAAGGUGGUCGGCGAGAGCGUGAAGGAAGGCGAGACGUGGGCAGAGCUGCACCACGAUUCUCCACUGCCGCCUCUCCUGGAGAGGAUGCAGGGCGCUGCCACCAUCAAAGCGUCAGGGGAGGCACGCAAGCCCUCCCGCGUUGCCGCUCGCGUUGUCUAGGCCUCGGUGCGAAACCCUCAGUUGCUGGGGCCAAGAUCCAGAUCUCAGUGCCAGUCUCCCAAACGCAACUUAUGAUCUAGCAUUCAUGCGAGAUGCUUUUUAUUGCACAAACUAUUUAGGGCCUUUUCGCAUAAGCGGACACGAUCGUCGGGCACGAGCAGAGAUGACUUCACAGUUGGGCAAAGUACCCGGUAAACAAGUAGUUCCCCUUUGUUUUCACGCCUGAGACGUCCCCUUGACAGAUGCCCGGCGUUUUGGGCAGGUCUUUAACCGUCUAAUCCUUCUACUUUUUAUUUCCUGCUCAUCUGGGAAACUGGAGACUUGGCUCUCUUCCGGGUUCACUUUAUGCUAGUCACCGACCCCAAACUUACUUACACGGGGAAUGCGACUACUGUUUUCAUUUGGCACAAUCUUCACACCGCCUAAUCUUUCUGCCAAAACUACAUCCAUCGUUAGUUAGUUCGAAAUAUAUCUAUUAAUACCUUAUAUUCGGUGCAUACAUGCCAGUUACUAUUCCCAAAAUAUAAUUAAAACCAUCAGGAACUAGCCAGUUACCUACUGGCGCCUAUCACUUUUUUUUCUUUACUAGACCAAGAUAGAUACGUUGAUUUUUGGUUCACAAGAAUGAUUUUUGUUAUGUAAUUCAGUCCGUGUGUUAAUCCGUCUGCAGUUAAUUCGGUUGUUCGGAUUAUGGCUUCCAUUCACUGUGAUUCUGUAUGAUUGUUUAUUCUACAAAGUGAUUUCUGACAUUUGACAUUUGCACAAACUGUUUUUUUUUUCUUUUUUAAUAAUCAAAGUGGAUAGUAUAUGAAGUUACGCAAGUCGUGCAUAUUAGUCAUCUAUUGGCUGCCCUAACUGAUUCCAUAGAACAUCUGUUUAUAACUUCCCAGAAAUUAUCAUUCCACUCCUUGAAAGGGAAAUAACUCAUGCUCAUUCUGUACAAUUACCAAUUAUGCAACUGGUCAACGUCAUCCUCACAUUCCAGUCUAUGUAGAAUUAACAAGAAAUUAUUUUUGUUUAAAAAUGUUUUUUGUUAAGCUUUACUAUUUUAUAAUGGAAGCAAUACAGUUUUUGUAUGAUAUUGAACUUCACAGAAUGUCUUUCCUUGCUCAUGAAAAAAUAAAAUAAUUGCAGUGCUAUACCAAAAUAUCUUAAUAUGUUACCGACUUAAACUGACAUUUUAU